UUGAGUCUCGAGUUCGAGUUUGUGUUUGUGUUGAAUGGUUGGAUCGAAGAAAAAGUUCCGGUGGAUGUUCAGGAGUAAUGACGGUGAAGAGAACAAAAAGGCCAGAAGUAAUAUAAUAAGAAAGAGAAGAAAGAAAUAUAAGAAAGAAGAGUGAUUCAGAUUAUAUAUAUAUAAAAAAAAAAGAAGGAGAAGAAAAAAAAUGAAAAAAGACUAUUAGUUUAGACUAUAAGUUUAGGUAUAAAUCGGCUGUGGUACAUUUGGAUCAGUUGCAGCAGGACGUUUAAGUGAAAAAUCCAAAUUGGAUGUAGUGUUACUAGAAGCUGAUGGCAAUCCUUCUAUUCAAAUGAUAAAGCUUGCAUAGCUAUGCAAGGUGAAAGUUGUCAUUGACCGCGUGGCAAAAUGUUAGGUAGAAUAAAUUAUGUCAAUGCUAUAAUCUAUGUAAAUGGUACACGUGGAUAAUUUGAUGAUUGGCGUGAUCGUGGUAAUCCAAAUUGGAGUUAUGACGAUGUGCUACCAUAUUUCCGUAAAGUUGAAGACUAUACUACUAUAAAAGUUGACCAAUGGGCAUAAUUAGUUAUGCUUCGGAUAAUGCCUUUCGAUCAAUAAUACGUGCAACAAUGAACGAAAUGGGUUAUAAUAGUACCACUGAGUUUACAGAAAGCUCCUGGGUGGGACAAAUUAAUGUAUUGAGCGCUCAAGAUGGCGGUAGACGUAUAACUAUAGCUCAAUCGCAUUCAGACAACGGCAAAAACUUGAGUGUAAUACGACAGGCAGAUAUGAAACAUUGCUGAAAAAAAGCAACUGGGAUUACUUUCGUGUUAAAUGACAAACGGGAAUACACAGUACAAGUGAACGAAGAAAUAGUGCUCUCAGCUGGUGCGAUUGACACACCGCAAAUUUUAACGCGAUCAGGAGUGGGGGCCAAAAUGAUGGAGAGGUUCCAAGGGAUUUGUGCCUGAUGGGGUCGAUUAGGCUUAAGUGAAGGGCUCGCUUCUUUGAGCAGUUGUGUUUCGCCAACAGACAAGUUCGUAUUUUAUAUACCAUAAAACGCUGUUAAUGUGAUUUUUAUAAUGACUAAAAGAUCAACAGCAAAUAAAGAUUAUUAAGUACAAAGUUAUUACGACCUUUAUAUAUAAAUUGAAAAAAAUAUUUGAUGUAAAUGUGAUUGACUUGCAAUUUUAAUUGUAACCUUUUAACGUGGAUAUGGCAACAUUGUAUUGGCCUACUGACCGCAAGAUGGCGUUAAUCUUAUAUUAGAACUUUAAAAUUGGUUCGUUACCAUAGCAAUUUGAUGCGACGUAUAAUAAACAAACUAAGGAUUUCAAUCAAUAUAAAAAACAUAUUUUCAAAAACACAAAAUGUAUCAUAAAUCCUACAAGCACUCAGGGACAUAUCACAUUAAAGACAGUAUUGAACACUUAGAACUCCGUUUACAUUUUUGGCACGUCAAUUCACUGCUGAAGCUUCCCAAACUUGAAAUAAAUAAAAAUUAUAACCUAAAUAAACAGAGCAGCACUAAUGAAUUUCUGAUAUCUGACAAAGAAAAUGAGAAGAUCAUUAAUAUUAAGUGGCAGGAAAAAAUUUUAAGCCGAAGGGAAAUUGAACUGUACAAGAACAUAAACAAUUGCAAAAACGAAACAACAACAAAAUAUAACGAAUUGAUAAAACGUACAUCACUCGUUUCAGAUGACGAAUUGGGUUGUGAAAGUAUUAAGAAGCAUAAAAGUAAACGACAAGGAAAAAAGAUACAAGAAAGAAAACAGAGAAGUAUUAGAAAUGAGGCUAUCGAAAAAAAACAUCAGAUCUUUACUUACGUUCAAGCGGACAAUUUCGAUCAAAGUGAAGAGCAUAAACGGAAAGGGUCAAUCAAAUCUACUUUAGGAGAUAGUGCAAUGGAGACGAUGUACAUUUUCGCAUCUUUAGAUCCCGAUAUACAGUUGUUAGUUUUGAAAUGGAACGACCAGGAACGUCUUCUUCACGUCUAUCCUGACUUUAACAACUUUGAGGGGACCCCCCACAUCAUUGAAAUUAAUACAGAUUAUCGGCAUUUAUAUGCGUUCUCAUGCAAAAAUAUUUCAAAAUGUCGCCAAAUCAAGUAUAUUCCACCAUCAAUAUAUUUACCAGAGAUAGACAUGGAUUGGCACAGAAAAACCACAUUAGCCGAACAGUUCUCAAUGCCACCAAAGCAUAGUAAGCGCGUUAUGUUACUGCUUGACAUACAGAAUGCUAAAGGCUUCGAAUAUAAUAACUUACAUGUGCGUUACUACAUACGUUUACCACCAAAUACCAGCUUGGAAGGAAAUAGUAACAUAUUAAGCGGUAGCACGCAUUCUUCCUCGUCUAGUCGCUUAUUUGCCGGUGAGUACCACUUUGGUGUAUCUUUGCAAUUGACAUUACUCUGUGACGAGACUUUUACUCCCACCAACUUACUGCACAUUUAUUUUGAAGUCAUCUCAAUUGAUUGGUUAGAGCGAGAACGCGUUGAGGGCUACACACAUUAUGCUACUUAUCUAAGUCCCGGUUUGGAUGCACUACAACUGCAAUGUCAGCGCCCAGCGGAAAUCACUUGGCUUGACACUUUUAAUCGAUAUUUCAUUGGUGGCAGGCAGAAGUUUGAGUUCGUAAAAUACUUCACAGAAACACAAUCGGAGUUCCAUUGUCGUUAUAGAUGCAAAAUGUUGAGCACCGGUACUCUAAGUUUUUGCUGUCAACGUAUCACACAGCGCAAUUGCGAAUUACUUGAACCAUGCAUUAAUCGAGCAUGUGGUAUGACAUUAGAUGACGUUAUGCAUGCAUAUCGCGAAGCCAGGAAGAGACUAGAAGCUGUCGCAUAAAUUCAUUUGUAUACAAUAUAUAGUAAAUAUAGUUGUUGCCGUCACACAAAAUAGGAAUCUUAAAGCCCCCUCUGAUAGUCAUAGGCAGAUUUUAUUCAUUUUUAAGUAAAAAAUAGUGCUUAUAUUUUAAAAAGAAUAAAAAAGUUUAUUGCAUAUUUUGUGCGAAAAUACUUAUAAUAUAAUUAUGCUGUAUAAUCUUAAUCAAUCUUAAUCUGCAUCAUUAAUAACUGCGCUGAACUAAUGAGUUCAAAGUACAAUCUUAGUUAUGAAAUUUGUAAAGUUAUAAUAUAGUUUUAUAUUUAUAUGAGCAUGAUUUAAAAUUUAUUUUACAAAUUCUUACAAUUUGCAAUUUAAAUUCUCAACAACAAAAAUUGAUCGGUGCCUUGACUUCACACCAACCCAUGCCGAUAAACAGCGGUUAUUUCUCAUACAUAUUUGUAUGUACAUAAAUACAUACAUUCUUAGUAAGAGAUGGUAAGAUACUUCAGGUAUAUAGUCAAAAUUGGAGUUACAAAUUUAACAUUUAAAUUUAUUGUAAAACUAUUCAAAACUAUAAAUAUAUAUUCAUUUUUAUGAAACACUGAAUUUUUAAGGCCACUUUAGUGUGUAUGUGCGUGAGCUAAUAACUUAUAUUUAUUAACAUUAAAUCCGUGGACGAAAAUAAACUGUACAGUAUCGUAGUGUACUGCUCAUGUCCGAAACAUUUAAAAAAAUUUUUGUUUGUGUCCAAAAUACUAAAAUAGUGUACUGUUUCCGACAUAUCAUGUACAAUUUUUAAUAUUCUCGUUAGUGUUGUUUUCAUGAAGGUAGUCAAGUCAACUUAUCUUAGCGAUCAUUUCACGAAGGUAGUGUAUUUUGAGGGUCUAUCGACACAAAAAA